ACUGCUCUAACCGUUAAGACGUUUUUCCUGAUCUUCAGCCUAAAGCUGGCUUCAUGGCGCCAGUCAAUGUGCACUAGCUUGAGCCCGUCCUUUCUUUCCCUGCCCUCUGAGAAAGUCCCCUGCAUGUUCCCCGGCUGAGCGGCCGAUGCCCUUCAGAUGGGCAGCAGAGCAACUGAACUGGCUGAGAGAGGAAGGAAUGGAAAGAAGGUGCUGAUAAACAGGCUGUCAACGCCGCUGGAUUCUAAGUGGACGCUGAAAUAACACUGCAAGGCCAAAUGUGAAACCGGGAGAAGAAUCUGGCAGGACUUUCUGCAAAGAAAAACAAACCAGAAGAACGGACUUCAAGGGCUGAAAAGGCUGAUUCUUCUCCUGUUGACACUGGGAAUUCUGCACCCGGCUUCGCUCGUUCCCCUGCAACCCAUGUGCGACCAAAGUGUCAUGGACAAGUACAUCCAAGAUGCCAGCACCAUUGAAAGUGAAAUCGAACAGCUUUGUAGGACCUCCUGUUGCUUCCCAGAACCCGUCACGGUGCUGGAUACCAGGGUGAAUUUCCCUGCCUGGAAAGCUAUGGACAGGUCAAGGCAGGCGUCUGAGGUCUGGCGAGGCCAGGCGCUCCUUUCUGCCGCUGUCCUGCAGGUGAAAAGGCAACAGCCGGCGGUUUUCCUCCACCACCUGGAGGCGAUUGAGAGUCACCUGCGCAGCAUCCGGGAGAUUCUGCGGGGCCACCAUGCUCAGGCGGCAGCUCAGGAUGAGCCCUCGAGCCCCACGUUGAGUGUACGGACUGUGAAAAAGCUGGUCAAUGUUUACUCAAGUUUCCUGCGUGGGAAAGUCAACCUGUUUGUUUCAGGAGCCUGCCGGGGCGACGGCAGGUGACAGCGGGAUGACGGGUCCGUCCACUUGGCACUCCAGGAGCCGACCCCACGGUGUGUGGUGGGGGGGAGACGUUUCCGGCAGAGAGAGUGGCUGGCAGGUUUAAGUCACGCGCCUCUGUACGUGCGCACACCCUCACCCAUCUGGUCCUCUCCUUGCACGUGGACUGCACUUUUCUGUCUGUCGAAAGUGGUUGUCCCACCGGCAUUCGUGGUGCCCACAAAGCCACGGUCGGUGGUCCCCGGCUGAGUUUCGACCGCAAUUAAAGAGGCGCUCAGUCAGGUCCCACCUUCUCCCAGAGGUCCCACAACGAAAAAUGAAAGGGACGCUUGCGAGCUUGGAGGAGAGCAGUCUUCUCCAGGAACAGAGGAAGGGGAGAGAAGGGUCCGUUGUGUCGGCCCCCAGGCUGGCCUUCAGGCCCUGAGUUUUCCAAAGCUGUUACGCUGAGCGGUGCUGGUCAUGAUCCUGAUGCAGCGUGGCAAGAGGCUUGGCCGAACACCCUUUCUGGCCCCAGCAACCCUUGUGAUGCAGCAAAAGGGGUUCAGGGAGGCAUGUCUGCGUCACUCCAUAGUUUGCCUCGAAGUGGUCCGGGCCACCAGAACAAGAGCUUGGACUUUUAAAAAAAACAUUUUCUGUGAUUAUUGCUGCCAGGAUCCCCUCUGUUGGCUGGAGGAUUCUGGGGGUUGUAGUCAAAAAUAUAACUUUCCCAAGCUCUCUCUAGUCAAGCUGGUCCUGACGAUGGGUCUCUUGGGAGAGGCUGGCAAGGAGAAAGGGAUGGAGAGGGAGGAAAGGUGUUGUGGGGGACGUGUUGAUAAAAAGCAUAAGGACCUGUGCUAAGUUACUUUUUUAGACUACAGCUCUAGGAAUUCCCUGGCCAGCAGAGUCAUGAGUACGGAAGGAAGGAAGCAAGGAUGGAAUGAAGGAACGAAUGAGCUAGCUGAUGAUGGAUGGAUGGGUAGAAGGAAGAAAGGAAUGAACAAACAAACUGAUGAUGUAAGGAAGGAACGUGAGAACAAACUGAUGAUGGAUG